AUGAUGACAACAAACAAACAAAUAAAACUAUUUUCAACAUGUCCAUUAUCCAUUUAUGAAGCGUCAAUUUCGAUUAUUAAAUUAUUUCAUUGUUUAAAUUUAAAUAAAGCUAGUAUUAAGACUUUACUACGUGGAUUUCGUGAAUUAUUACCAAUGGCUAGUAAAUUACCUCUUACUGUUCCAGGUUUAAUGAAAAUCUCAGCACCGACGUCUUCCGGUCGAGCUUGGAUUGGAAAAGCUCGUGCCGCCUCUAAUUUGUCCGGGUCCAGCCGAAUUCCUCCGGCGCUCACAAUAUGGCCGAGAUAUUUUCGUGACACGACAUUACCGCGAACGAUAUUACCACGAACGGCGUUACCGCGAACGACAUUACCGCGAAUCGAUAUUUUGAAGGGGAGCAGGACAAUUGGUCGCUUGUAA